CCUUUUUUAUCUUGUACAAAACAGGUAAACAAGUCCUAAAAUUACAUUUUUUUUUCUUGCUUAUUCAUGUUGUUUUUUCAAGCAACUUUUCCCUUACUUAAAAGAACCAUGGGAGCUCAAGAAAGGUUAUCGACUAUAUCGAGACACGUACAGACGGAGGCAAAGAAGGAAACAUUUAGAGAAAGAUUACAUUAUAAAUACUUCUUACCUAUUCAAACAAGAUGGAGUGAUAAUGAUCAGUACGGUCAUAUAAACAAUUCUAUAUAUUAUCAUUACUUUGAUACAGUCAUUAAUGAGUAUCUUAUCAAAAACUGUGGAUUAGAACCAAAUAAAGCGGGUAAACCGAUUGGGUUGGUUGUAUCUAGUUCAGCCAACUUUUACGCUCCCGCAUCUUAUCCAAACAUCAUCCAUGCUGGACUUUGUAUCUCUAAAGUAGGCAAGUCCAGUGUCACCUAUCGCGUUGGAUUGUUUGAAAAUGAACAGCCCUUGGCCUCUGUAGUCGGUGGAUUUACUCAUGUAUUUGUUGAUCCAAUCAACAGACGCCCAAUUAAAGGUUUACCAGAGACAGUCUUGAAAGGACUUGAUGCCAUAAAAGAAUAGUAGAUUGUAUUAUAAAUUAGUUCAAUUUGGAAUAACUACAAUAAAUAAGCUUAUUACGUGUC